UGAUAGGCAGUGUGUUCUUCAGAAGAUCCCUACUCCAGGAGUCAAAAUAGCAUGAAAUUUAAUUUUACGCCUAUUUGACAAAGCUUGAUUUCGCCUCCAAUCAGCGGGGAGAUAAGAGCCCUCGGCACAAGUGCGCGAGCAGUUUGGCAGCUGGGGCUGCCGAUUUAAUAGCUGAAUUUACAGGAACAACACUUGAAAAUCCCCUGGCUAGUGAACCAUUAAGCUACCAAAUAUUUGCCAGCCGUCAGCUCGCUGCUCCGCUAUAAAUACUUCAGGCCCAGGUGGAGGGACGGGAAGGGGGAGCAGCGCGGGAGCCUAUGCAUGGCCGGGCGGCAGCGCCAAGGGUGAGCCUGGGCCCCGCGGUGCCCCUGCGUGCUGACAUGGCUGCAGGCAUCAUCCGGCCGCUGGCCGAGCUGCGCCUGCCCUCGCCCUUCCCGCACAGCCUGCUGCUGCCCAUGCGCCCCGAGCCCGACUUCCCCGACCUCUCCGAGGAAGAGGAUGAGGAGGAGGAGGAUGAAGAGGAGGCAGCGGAGGAGAGCGUGAGGCCGGAGCCGCCCGUCCCCAGCACCGCUGAGACCACGCUGCGGCUCCUCAAGUUCUCGGAGCUCAUCAGCUGCGACAUCCAGCGGUACUUCGGGCGGCGGGGCCAGGAGGAGGCCGCCGACAGCCGCGGCGUGCCCGAGGACUGCGGCUCACCCCGGCGCGCCGAGCCCCAGCCCGAGGCGCCGCGGGGCAGCCCUGGGGCCGUGCACAGGCUGGGGCCGCUGGCCGAGCUCUUCGAGUACGGCGUGCACCGGUGCCUGCCGCCCCGGGCGGCCAGCGGCAAGACGCAGCGGCUAGAGAGGAAGUACGGCCACAUCACCCCCAUGCACCGGAGGAAGCUGCCGCCCUCCUUCUGGAGGGAGCCGGGCCCCGGCCCCGCCGGCCUCCUCCACGCCGGCACCCCCGACUUCAGCGACCUGCUGGCCAACUGGACGGUGGAGCCGGGGCCGGAGCUGGGCGCCGGGCGGGCGCUGCAGCCUGAGGCGGCGCGCCCGGGGCUGGAGGCCGAGCCCUUCGCCGGGCUGUGACCCCACCGUGGCCCCGGGGCCCCCAGCCCCGCCACGUGCCGCCCGGUUAAUGAUAAACCUGGCAGCAGCGGUGCCAGCGCCGGGCACCUGGAGCUGCUGGGGCAGAGCCGGCCGUGGGACGAGUGAAUAAAUGACUCCCGCCAGGCA